AUGACAGACCCUCAGAAAAGUAUUGAUUUGCAGUUAUCAGGUAAACCAAAGAUUGAACCUGUUGAGCGGUCGAAUUUAGUAACAAGACUGAAGACAUUUUUUCCACAAAUAGAAGAAGCUAACAAGAAUUUAUCGAAAGAUGGCGAAGAUGGGCACGACAUAGAAAUUGUCGAAGAUUUAGAAGAAUCCAGUGACUCGGAUAGCUCCGAUAGUUCUGAUGAUGAUCAAUGUGAUACUUCAGAGGAAAGCGAGAUAACAGAUGAGGUUUCCAAGUCUCAUGUGGAAAUCGAUUUGGACGUAUUUGUUGAGGCAAACACUUUUGUUGAUCAAAAAGAUGUGAGUGUUCAUGAAGUUGAAACUCUUCCGAAGGCGUUCCGAAGCCAACACGACGCAAAAACAGAAGAAAAGAAGAAUCUCAUUGAAGAAUUGAAAUAA